AUGGAUUCUUUUGAUGAACACGCCCCCGACUUUCGAAAACCUACGGCAAGAGUGGCUACCACCCAGUUACUGGUAGCGACACUCCUCGGGCUCUUUGCUGUACUUUCUUUCUCAUUCCUGCUAAAGAAGCUACCACAACUUUAUGCGAGCCGCAAAUCGCGAUUGAAGGGUGACUUACCCACAUGGAGUGAACAAUCCCUUUUCGGCUGGAUUCCUGUGUUGUACAAGAUUAGUGAUAUGCAGGUUUUGGAGUAUGCUGGGCUAGAUGCCUUCGUGUUUUUGGGAUUUUUCAAGAUGUCCAUCAAACUUCUGGCCGUGUGUUGUUGCUUCUCUGUUACCGUCAUCUCGCCCAUAAGAUAUUAUUUCACGGGAAGAUACGACGACGGAAAUGAGUACGCCUACAAGCUGAGGACAGCAGGUGAUGACCCCAUACCAGGAAAUGACGAUUCAGCACCAGAGGCUGUUGGCCUUUAUUUAUGGAUGUAUGUCCUUUUCACAGCCUUCUUCACAUUUUUGGCGCUUAAUUUGCUAGUGAAGCAAACUAAGCUAGUAGUCGAAACGAGGCAAAAUUUCCUUGGAAAACAGAAUACGGUCACGGACAGAACUAUAAGACUCACCGGAAUUCCGCCUGAGCUGAGGAACGAAAAAAUGUUGAAAAAGAGGGUAGAGGAAUUACAAAUCGGUAAAGUUUCUUCCAUUACCAUAUGCCGUGAAUGGGGUCAUCUUAAUAAGUUGAUUUAUUGCAGGGAUAAACUGUUAAGAAAGCUUGAGUUAAAAUAUAGCGAAAAUCCUGAAGCUUUGACUAAGUCCGCCCAUUACAAUGAAAAUUACAGAAUGCAUUCCGAGGAAGUGGCUAAUGCAACUUCAGAGAAUCAUUUUCCGGAUAUUCAAGAAAAUGUUCAAGAAGAUGAGGGGGAAGAAUCGAACCAGCUUUAUUCCCAAAUACACCUUAAAGGCCGCCAGACCAUAAGGACGGGGUUCCUUGGAUUGGUGGGUCCAAAGGUUGAUGUGAUAGAUUAUUUGGAGAAACAAUUGAAGUUUAUCGACGAAGAAAUAAAGGAUGCUAGAGCUAAAAGCUAUCCAGCAACCCCGACAGCUUUCGUAACGAUGGACUCUGUUGCGAACGCCCAAAUGGCGGCUCAAGCUGUGCUGGAUCCAAGGGUGCAUUUUUUUAUGACGAGAUUGGCGCCUGCUCCCCAUGACGUCAAAUGGGACAACAUCUGCCUAUCAAGAAAGGAGAGAUCUAUGAAAAUGUAUUCGAUAACAGUUUUCAUUGGAUUGUGCAGCUUUUUCUGGGUUAUUCCAGUUUCUUAUCUUGCCACUCUCUUGAACUUGAAAACAAUCACGAAGUUCUGGCCUGAGCUAGGUCACUUUUUAAGGUCAAACCGGUGGGCGGAGAAUAUUGUGACGGGCCUGCUGCCAACUUACAUAUUCACCCUUUUGAACGUAGGAAUACCUUAUUUCUACAGUUUCCUGACCUCCAAACAGGGUCUCAUUUCCUACAGCGAGGAAGAGACAUCCCUAGUUUCCAAAAACUUCUUCUAUAUUUUUGUUAAUCUGUUUUUGGUCUUCACCUUGGCAGGUACGGCGUCGAAUUAUUGGGGAUAUUUGAGCGAUACAACCAAGAUCGCGUAUCAGCUCGCUACUUCAGUAAAGGAAUUUUCUUUGUUUUACGUGGACCUCAUUAUUCUGCAGGGCAUUGGAAUGUUUCCUUUCAAAUUGCUUCUUGCUGGGAGUUUAAUAGGCUUUCCAUUUGUCAAGAUCAAGUGUAAAACACCCAGAAUGCAGCGCGACCUUUACAAGCCACCCAUUUUCAAUUUUGGUCUCCAGCUGCCACAGCCUAUACUGGUGCUGGUUAUAACGCUCAUUUACAGUGUUAUGAGUACGAAAAUUCUCGCUUCAGGCCUAACUUACUUCGUGAUUGGAUUUUAUGUUUCGAAGUAUCAGCUGGUCUUCGCAACCGACCACCUGCCACACUCAACUGGAAAAGUAUGGCCCUUGAUAUAUAGACGUGUUAUUCUUGGGCUUUUGCUGUUUCAGUUAACAAUGGCUGGUACAUUGGCAGGCUUUCGUGGCGGAUGGGUACUCUCCUGUUGUUUAUCACCACUACCUUUCAUUACAUUGACAUAUCUAUGGGACUUUGAGAAAAACUAUCUUCCGCUCUCUAAUUUCAUAGCGCUGAGCUCUGUUCGGGAACACGAGCGCGACCAACAUAUGACCUCAGAACCAGUCGAAAGUGAAUCUUACGAAUACCCCUACUUAGUAUCGCCUUUGGAUAGACCGCUGGUUCGCUAG